CCGUGUUUUGUUCUUCCUGCCCGCGUCUUCCCCACAACCGUGCCCGCUGCAGCUUCCCCGCGGGCAUUAGUGUGCGUGCGUGUGUGCGUAUGAGGUAGGCCGCGAUGUCUCGGUUGUCUGACCGGAUAAGCGCUUGCCCCAAUGUCGGCGGACGCUCCUCCUGCGAGUCAUAAGGGGGUAACGGCUUACAAGCCGCAAGCGGAGAGGAAGGGCACGCACAUUUCUGUCUUGUCGCGCGGUAAACAGGUCCGCAACCCUUUCACGCACCUCCUCAGAGAGCGCGACGCGUACGAGGCUGCAGGCGCAAUGUUUGCAUCGGGAGAGGGGGCCGGGCUUGAAGUGCGCUAUAAAUGUGAACUUAGGCGCCAACCAGUCUUCAACACGCGUUCUUGUCACAGGCAACGGGGUGACUAUUUCCAACGCCCGCACCCCGCAUACCGAAACGGUGCUCGAGGCGUCCCGGUCUCUCGCGGAGGACGUUCUCUGUCCCAGGUCUCCUCAAUAGUGUUCCUGUUGUAUCCGUACACAGGUGCUUUAGGAUCGCCCCCUGCUAGUCGACUUCGCACUUGGAUUAAGGUCUGAACGCGCCGUUCACGACGCCGCUGCUGCCAGUGUAGAAAAGGACCGCAGAGCAAACCUGUCAAAGGAGGAAUUCAAGUCAGCCGAGAUGCUGCCCGGCCUGCUGUUAGCCGCGCUGCUGGUGCUGAUGGCGGCACCAGCACUGGCGACCCCGAUCAUGGGGUACACGUACGUCCACAGACCGCGCUACGCAGACUCGCACAACUACAAGGUGGUUUGCUACUACGGCUCGUGGGCCGUGUACCGGCCAGGCGCCGGCAAGUUCAACGUGGAGGACAUCGACCCGUUCAUCUGCACCCACAUCGUGUACGGUUUCGCGGGCCUGGGCAGUGACCACAAGAUCCGCAGCCUCGAUUCCUGGAACGACCUCGCGGAUAAUUACGGCAAAGGCGCCUUCAAGCGGUUCACGGCGCUGAAGAAGCAGAACCCGAAGCUCAAGGCUCUCAUCGCCAUCGGCGGCUGGAACGAGGGCUCGGUCAAGUACUCGGCCAUGGCCCAGCAGCCGGCGGCGCGCAAGGUGUUCGCCGAGAGCGUGGUGGAUUUCUGCAAGAAGUACAACUUCGACGGCCUCGACAUGGACUGGGAGUACCCAGCCUCCAGGGGCGGGAAGCCGGAGGACAAGGCCAACUUUGUCGCGCUCCUCAGGGAGCUGAGCCAGGAGUUCAAGCCGUACGGUCUGUUGCUGACCGCUGCCGUUUCCGCAGGGAAGCACUUCAUGGAUCCUGCCUACGACGUCCCUCAAGUGUCCAAAUACCUGGACUUUAUCAACGUGAUGGCGUACGACUACCACGGUGGCUGGGAGACCAAGGUGGGCCACCACGCACCGUUGUACUCCAGGCCUGAGGAGAAGCCCGAAGACCACAUCCUCAACGUGAACUUCUCGGUGAACUACUGGAUCCAGAAGGGCGCGCCGCGCGACAAGCUGGUGCUGGGCAUGGGCCUGUACGGCCGGUCGUUCACCCUUAGCCGUGCCGAGAAUCACAAGCCCGGUGACGAGGCGCCGCAGAAGGGCCGCGCGGGACCUUACACACGGGAGCCUGGAUCGCUCGGGUACAACGAGAUCUGCGAAAGCUUCGCUCGUGGGAAGUGGACGGUGGUGAAGGACCCGUUCUUCAUGGCGCCGUACGCGUUCCAGGACCGCCAGUGGGUCGGCUACGAUGACAUGGAGAGCAUCACAGCCAAGGUGGAGUUCGCCAAGGCAAUGGGCCUUGCUGGAGGCAUGGUGUGGUCCAUCGAGACGGACGACUUCCACGGCAAGUGUCACGGCAUCAAGUUUCCCAUGCUGAGCACCAUCAACCAGGUGUUCGCGAUGGGGGGACCGGGAAUCAUAGCUACGCCUCCACCAACACCGGCCACCCCGGCCACCGUGCCUACGCCGUCCACAGAGAAGACGUGGUGGCCUCGACCCAGCACUCCACCAGGUGUCGGAUCCACGACCGAAGCGACCUCUAAGGUAACCAUGCCAGAGAGCUCCACACCCAGCAGCCAGGCGCCAUCGUCGACCGCCCGAAUCUGGUGGCCUCCCAGUCGCUCACCGGUGACGCAAGACAAACCAACCCCGCCGACCCCGCCGACCACCACCACGACUCCGUCGACGACCACGACCACGACUACGGCGCCGAUGCCUUCGCCGCCUUCCCAAGGGGGAUCUUCCGGCUUCCAGUGCCCGUCAGCCGGCAGCUUGCCUCACCCCACCGACUGCCAGCGUUUCUACGACUGCGUCCACCAGGGUGGUCAGCUGGUUGCCUUCGAGAAGACCUGUGCUGCGGGAACGGUCUUCAACCCGGAGAACAAGCUCUGCGUGUGGCCAGAAUCGGUGCCGGGAUGCAGUAGCUACUACGACAACGAAGCCUACCAAGCGCUGCCGCAAAGAGUCGAAACCUACUAGAUAUCCUUAUCUCCCGGAGUUGCCCCCCUUGAUAAACAACACUGGACAGCAGAGUGUGCGUGCGGAGGCAAGCGUAAACGCUGGCCUCGGGGCGGAUGAGGCACUUCUUGGCUUAUCUAUACUGGGUAGAGGAUUGUGUUGAACGAAAGAAGCCAAGUCUCCUUUCUCAAGUCUCAGGCAACACUGAAAGAAGACGUCUUGUAAACAGGGAGUGCCCGUCUCUUAAGCUUGUCAGGCCGACGACUAGCGCGCUUGGCUAUAUAUAUAUAUAUAUAUAUAUAUAUAUAUAUAUAUAUAUAUAUAUAUAUAUAUAUAUAUAUAUACGGGGCGUCCCGGUGGCUCUUACUCCUUUCUUAACAUUCACAUAUGAGCCGCCAGUUCAUGAAUAUGGCACAGCUCAUUUACAGCCUAGUGUUUAAAAGGUAUGCCAAAAUAUGUAUCCCGUUCGACUUUACCAACAUGGCAAACCGCGCAGCCAGACGGGGCAAGUGAUACGAACAGGAGAACUGCACUGAAUCACUCGUGCCUUCGUCUUCGCUGUUCGUCAUGCAAUGGAUACCCUCUUUAUACGACUUUCAGAGGUCUCAUACAGCAAAAAAAGGCAAAGUCAUAUUGCCUUGAGAACCAAGCGCUAUUUAUUUUAUGCCUUACGUAAAGAAAGUAGAGCAAUAUUGCUUAUAUGUUGUUACGCGAAAUAUAAGCAGGCCAAUGCGAAGUGUCAUGUCCAUACUUUGCUACCCUUUCCAUAUACCUGCUGCGCUUUUUUCUUUCUUUUUUUAUUCAUGGAUGUGCACAUAGCUGUCCUUGUAUUCAUUGCGACGAGAGAAGCUCCUGACAGUCCAUCGUAGUUGUGCUGCUUGACAUAUGGAAAUUUAAUUUCAUAACCAUAACGUGCUUACGAUAAAAGGGUAAUAUCAGCUACUUUGAACAACCUCCUCGGGGCCACAUAAAAUUAAGCAAUAGAUAAUUUGACGCUUUCAUAUACAACUAACGAUUUUCACUCGCGUUCGAGUUUGGUAAAUGGAAGAUUGUACAGUUCCUUCACUUCCGACGACCACGGCGUGCAAUGCAGCUAGCUUUUUUUAAUGAGAAUUAUUAUCAUAUUAUCGCCCUAUGCUUCGCCUUACUUCGGCUACACACAUAUUCACAUCAGCUGUAACCGGCGCUCACAAUGACACCCGAUGCCUGAAUUCUACAGCCAUGUUUUCAUCAAUAAUUUAUGAAAUGCCAUCAGAAUCCAUUGCGAAUCAACCGAGUGAAUUGUAUUGUGUGUUUCAAUGUUGUUUAUACCGGUGAUGAAUAAACGAUACGUAUAU